AUGACUUCUGCAAAUAUCAAUCAACAAAUUUUUGUUAAAUUUGAACAAUACGACUUCGAUAAAGAUGAAGAUUUUCAGGCCGGACUUCCGUCAGUUCUUGUAUCGCAUCAAAAUAAAUCACAGGAAGAACUAGAUAAACUUAAAGAGAAGGCCAAAUGGUUUUAUUUUUCAAAAGUUGUUCAAAAGUUUGAUUAUAACGAAUAUCUAGCAUGGAAGUCAAAUAAACCACCCGCAUCCGAGUUAUCCGAGAACCAAAACACGCCAAGACAAGAUGUUACAAAAAAUGAAACACCGCAAUAUUCGAGAACUUUUCAACAGUUG